AUGCUUUUUGUGGCCUCAUGUGUGGCGCAGUUCAACGCCACGGCGCCGGGGGCUGCACAGCCUGGCGCCGCCAACGAGACGCUGGUCAGCGUCGACCAGCCUAUUCCCAGCUUUUUCGCCAUCAGGUCCUGCGUCCCCUUCAGCAUCCUGGUACUGCCCUCCAAGGCGCCCCCCGCCGGCGCGCCCGGCAGCCCCGGCGCCAACGCCAGCGCCGCAGGCGCGGCGCGCGUGCUGUUCAACGCCAGCGGUGACGUCAUCAACGGCACGAACGCCACCGUGGCUGACGGCGUGCUGGCGAUCCAGCUGGCCCACGGCUUUGAGACGCACCUGCCGAUCCAGCUGAUCGUUUACACCGACCCGGCCCGCCCCCUCUCCUACGCCGCCGCCUACGGCUCCGGCGACGUCGUAGUCGGCCCCGGCGCGGCCAACGGCUCCGCCUUCGAGGCGGCGGGCGGCGGCGGCGGCGGGCGCGUGAUCGCGACGGGGGUGGACGUGCAGAGGGUGGUCAUCACCAGCUCUGGGACCUCCGGCCACCACGUCCACGGUUCCUUCGACACCGCCCGCGUCCGCGCGAGCGGCAUUGGCGUCACCGGCCUCAACAGCUCGCGCCCCGCCCAGGUCGCCGCGCGGCUCGGCGGCAUAACCACCCUGGUGGCUGACGUGCCCGAUGGCAGCUCCAUCAACGGCACCGCCGACGGCCUGUCCAAGGUUGUCUAUGCGGACGGCCAGUGCAACGUGCAGUCAGCGACCCCGCUGUUCCGCUUCCCGUCCAUUUUCGGGUCGGCCCCCAUGGGCGCGGGCGCCGGGGGCGGCGGCGGCCUGUUCGACACCAACAAGUGCACCAAGGUUGCUCCCGAGGCCAUUGGCGCGCGCGCGCCGCUGCCAGCCACGACCUGGACCUGCGGCAUCAUCGUGGACGGCCAGACGUUCUGCACAG